CAUCAGUCUCUCAAUUGCGAAAGACUUUAGGAGUUUUGUUUGACGUAAAGUGUAUCGUGAAAGAAAUGGCAACAGCAAAAUUCAAGGAAACAUCCCCUUAUGUCAAGCCGAAACCUUCACCACCUGAGGAGGACUACCUCUAUAAAAAAUACUUAGAAGACCUUGUAUUAAAGACCGAUUCCCGAAACGAUCCGAUCCUUAAGCUGGCCUUAUUUGGUGUGGGUCGUGCUGGUACGAUACAUUUAGCAUCUAUAAUUUCUAAUACACGCGUCAAACUCGUAUAUAUCGUUGACGAUGUCGAGAGCAACUGGCGAAAUAUGCGUAAACACUGGAAUCUAGAGGAUGUUACUUUCUUAAAUAGUGAACAAUCCGACAAAGUAUUCAAGGAUUCCAAUGUCGACGCGAUUGUCGUGGCAUCGCCGACCUACACACACGAGAAUAUCGUUAUCAAGGCUUUGAAGGCAAAAAAGGCGGUCUUCUGCGAAAAACCUAUAGCGGAAAAUCGAUCGGACACUGCCAAAUGCUACGAUAUGGCUGAGAAAAUUGGCAAGCCAUUGUUUUGCGCGUUCAAUCGGCGAUUCGAUCCGAGCUACUCGGAAGUACGAGACCGAGUUCGAAAAGGUGAAGUCGGACACGUCCACAUGAUCAAAACCGUCGCACGCGACUCUCCCCUACCUACUAUAGAGUAUCUGAAAGCAUCCGGCGGUAUCUUCCACGAUUGUUUGGUUCACGAUAUCGAUAUUAUGACCUGGAUUCUCGGCGAGUAUCCAGAUAAGAUUUCGGCCAUAGUUGAUGCGAACAUCCCGGAAAUCAAGGCGAUUGGGGAUUUCGAUACGGUCGCAGUGACCAUGCACUUUCCAUCAGGUACCGUGGGUAUGAUCGAUCUGUCGCGCAAUAGCACUUAUGGAUACGAUCAACGAGUGGAGGUGUUUGGUCCGAAGGGUGUCAUACAAGCUGAAAACGAGCAGCCAAACUCCAUUCAUCGGCAGUACGGUCUGAACGGAUCGGUCACUGCCCCGAUCUGGUACUCGUUCGCUAGCCGUUUCAUGAACGGCUACAGAAGAGAGUUCGAUCACUUUGUCGACAUAGUGCACGGUAAGGCUAAAUCGCUGGUCAAGUCGAAAGAAAUCUUGGCAGUGUGUAAGAUCGCUACAGCAUGUGAAGAAUCCGCUCGCACAGGAAAGAUCAUGGAUCUUAGCUGGGCGAACGGCGAAUUGCCCGAUGAUCAAUAAGGCUUCAACGAGAGACUAUCAUUGCCUCGAUACUAUUCUAUAUUUUUUUCCGACAAAUAAAAAAAUGUUGUACGCAUAAAAAAAGAUGACAUUUCGGAUUAACAUGCUAUCAUAUAUGAUUUAAAAAUUAGAAAUGAAAUUAGUUACCCAAUCUUCAUUAUUAAUAGAGGAUAUCGAAACUUUUAUCGAUGUAUUUAAUUAAUUUUUGUUUUUACAUUUUACGCGCAACAUUAAAUAUAUACGAGAGACUAAAAAAGAUAAGAGUGCGAAUAUGAAAUAAAUAUUGCUAAAUGCGAUUUUAUUACAAAUGAAAAAAGAUUUAUUUCCGUUGCAAAAUUUAUAUUAAAUUAUAAUAUUUAUAAUAGUAACAAAUUCUUUUUUUGGUUCUUACUAAGAUAAUAGAGAAAAAAAUUGCGUCUCUUCAAAAAUAUAUUAUCUCGCAAAUUUAUAUAAUAUUGAUUAUGAUUUAAUUAGAGCUUAUGUGCUAAAUUAGUGAGUUUAGCCGAUAACAAAUAAAUAAAUCACAAUCCACAUAAUUCGUUACAUUUUUAUAUAUAAGUGGCAAGGAAAUAACACAAUAAUAUACCAAAUACAAUGUCAAAAGAAAAAUAGUAAUAUAAAAUCGAUAUUGUCUGUAAAAUUGAUGCGCACGCCUAUGCGUAGACUUUUCACUUUUUCGUAAUUCCUAUUGUAACAAUAUUAUGUAAAAAAAUGGAAAACCUUUCUAUUCA